GCCUCUCCUAGGUUCCGCGGCCCGGGAGCCCGACAACGGGUGCAGGCCUCGGGGGCUACGGGGGUCUUGCUGCAAGAAGGGCUGGUCGGCGGCGUCAGAGACGGCACGGGUCUUGGGGCAGGGGAAACUGAGGCUUGGGUGGCCCUGAGACGGCGUCAAGGUCACUCAGGUCUCUGGCCAGUAUUGCUUCCACCUGUCCACAAGCAUGGGGAAUAUCUUUGCAAACCUCUUCAAGGGCCUUUUUGGCAAAAAAGAAAUGCGCAUUCUCAUGGUGGGCCUGGAUGCUGCAGGGAAGACAACAAUUCUAUACAAACUGAAGCUGGGUGAAAUUGUGACCACCAUUCCCACCAUUGGUUUCAACGUGGAGACAGUUGAGUACAAGAAUAUCAGCUUCACUGUGUGGGAUGUGGGUGGCCAGGACAAGAUCCGGCCACUGUGGCGCCACUACUUCCAGAACACCCAAGGCUUGAUCUUCGUAGUGGACAGCAAUGACAGAGAGCGUGUGAAUGAGGCCCGUGAAGAGCUCAUGAGGAUGCUAGCUGAAGAUGAGCUCCGGGAUGCCGUUCUCUUGGUGUUUGCCAAUAAGCAGGACCUUCCCAAUGCCAUGAAUGCGGCCGAAAUCACAGACAAGCUGGGUCUGCACUCUCUACGCCACAGGAACUGGUACAUUCAGGCCACCUGUGCCACCAGCGGGGACGGGCUCUAUGAAGGACUAGACUGGCUGUCCAAUCAGCUCCGGAACCAGAAGUGAACCAGACCCCUUCCUCCCCCUCACUUCCUCUUCUCCGCCCUCCGCUUUCCUCUCAUGUGGCAAACGUGCGACUCUGUGGUCCUGAGUGCCAGAAGCUGUCUCCAUGGGUUGGUCACAGUGUGCAUCGCACCGUGCUGUACAUGUGCAGACGCAGCCUGCAGCCAGGUUUUUAUUUAAUGUAAAUAGUUUCUGUUUCCACUGAGGCAGUUUCUGGUACUCCUAUGCAAUAUUACUUAGCUUUUUUAUUGUAAAAAGAGAAUCAACUCACUGUCAGUACUGAGAAGGGAUUUGGGUGUAGGGGCACCUGGCCUCCGGGAGCCAUUGGGCUGUAGACUGGUGUCAGUAUCCAUUUGGUGGUUGGUUUUUACCCAAACUCAGUGCAUUUUUUAAAAUAGUUAAAAAAAAAAUACAGGACAAGAACACUUGAACACACAGAACGGAGACUAUGCCUAGUGUAGGUUUUGCAGUAAUGGCCUGAAUGCUAGUCCAUUGGAUCACCUGUUCCCCCGUGGGAACAGGAGAGAAGGUGGACAAACCACCAUCCGCUGCAUGGUCACAGUAGAGCCCCCGUGACUCGCCUGUCUUUGGGUCACCUGCAUUCCAUAGCAUUGUGCUUGUACUUGUGCUCACAUGGUCACCUAGGGGUGGGCUGGGAGCCAUUGUGGGGUGCAGGGCCUGGCUUGUAUUUGGUGUGCGGCCGGGCCAGGUGGCAGUCUACAUACCCAGCUUACUCUUGGGCCCACUUGGACGCGCUGGCAGGAGGCCUGGGUCUCACCAGCAGGAGCGCGUGCAAGCUGGGAGGGUCGGUCCAUUCCAGACCCACAUCCUGGAGCACCCCCAUCUCCAUGUGUGAAGUAGCUUUCUCCCUCAGCCUGCAAGGGUCCGAUUUGCCAUCGAAAGACGACCUCUACUUUUUUCUUUUGUAUUUUGAUAAACACUGAAGAAGCUGGAGCUGUUAAAUUUAUCUUGGGGAAAUCUCAGAACUGGUUUAUUUGGUGUCGUGGAACCUCUUACUGCUUUCAAUACACAAUUAGUAAUCAACUGUUUUGUAUACUUGUUUUCAGUUUUCAUUUCGACAAGCACUGUAAUUAUAGCUAUUAGAAUAAAGUCUCUUAACUAUU